CUCAUUUGUAGGAACUCAAAGGAGAGGCUCAAACCUCCGCUAUCGGUGUGGGAAAUAUUUUUCUUUAAUAAGUUUCAUUCUCCUCUGAGUCAGUCAGUUCAGCUCUCUUCCUCCGAUCCUCCUCCCUAGCUCUGCUCCACAAGCUGGCCGGACCGCCAUAAACAGACUCUGCAAACCUAACUCCUCAAACAUCGAAAAGAUCACUCUCUCUCUCUCUCUUCCCAUCCAUCGUUCCCCUUGCUGGCUUAGCUGGGCGAUCGAAGCAGAUCUGGCUCAUGAACCGGGCGAAGUCCGACAAUUAACAUAGGGUUUCCCUCAUCGCUUCGGAGCGGUGAAGGGAUUAGGUUCGUGGUGGCGGCGAUCCUAACAAGUCUAGGUUUUCGGCGGACGGCGCUAUAGCUUUAUUUUUUAGCGCUUCAGUGUCCCAGAGUUUUGCUAGUUUUCCUCAUCUGGAGCACAUGGGAGAUGAUAGGGAUCUGGAGACUGUUCGCGUUUGGACUGGUUGUGCUCGUGCGGUAUGUUGGUCAAGAGAUGGAGGCGAAUCACGGACAGAUCAGGGUGUUGAAGGAAGAAGAUGAAGCGAUGAAGAUCUGGCCCCCUUCUGAACCGCCGCCAUGCUGGAAAUGGGUGAUUAGGGGUCGGAACACCGCGCUGGAAGAUUGGUUUCAGCGGCUCAAUAAGUUAAUCCUGCUUAAAUUCAUUGUCCCGAUUUUUAAUUUGUUUUCGAAGAAAUUCGUUGCUAUCAUUUUGCUUUUGGUAUUUGAUCAUGGUAAUAAGUUUUUUACAUUGAUCGAGGGCUCGGCUAAAUUUGAUAUUGUUAGUGGGGGGUGGAUCGGAUCUAUUUAUUCAGUAAUAGUUGCAUUAAGCCCGUCUGGUGGUUAGUGCUCCUUUAGAGGUGAUCGUCUCUAUGUCUAAUCGUAGGGCUAAAAGUAGUAGUUGGUAGGUGAAUGUUUUUGUCAGUUCUGGCCAUUUUGAGAUUGUUGUAACGAUCCUGAUUCUAAUGAUAUCAAUAUAGUCGUUUUCAUUUCAAAAAAACUCCGACA